GGGCGAGACUCUCGUCAUCAUUAUCCUAGCUCUCUUCCUCGUUCGAUUAAAAAAAAAACCCUCUUCCUCGUUAGGCAACGCCAAUCCAUUCCCAUGGCGCCCUCGUUCAAGCCAAACCCGCUGUCACUGAGCGUGCCGGACCCUGCGCUCGACCGCUGGCUCCGUGACUCCGGCUACCUCGACCUCCUGGACUCCGCCGCCACAGCCUCCUCCUCAUCCGCCUCGGCCCCCUCAACCGCCGCCGUCAGCCCCACUGCCGGCUCCGCCCCAGCCUCCUCCGGCGUAGCCGCGGACGUCCUCUCCUUCGCCCGCACCCUCGCUUCGCUCCUCGCGCUCAACCCAUUCGCGCGCCUCUCCUCCGCGGACCUCGCCGCGCCCACCCCGUCCUGGUCUCCCGCCUUCGUCGGUCCCCCCGGCGUCGCGUCCUACUCUUGGCCGCCGACCCCGACCCAGGCUAAGCUCCGUGUCCAGGAGAACGUCCGCCGGUACGCACGCAACUAUGCUGCGCUCGCCAUCCUCAUCUUCGCAUGCUGCCUGUACCGGAUGCCGGUGGCGCUGCUGGGGAUGUUGGCCAGCCUCGCGGUUUGGGAGGGCGUGCGUUACUGCCGGUACUACUGGGGUCUCACCACCAGCGCUCCAGGGAUUGCCCAGGCUAUGCUGCGCUGUGCGCAGAUUGGGGAAGAACCAAAACAGAUGUGUGUGUGAUGUCUUGAAAUCUAGCGGCAGGGGAAGUACCUGGGCUGGCAGAGUGGCACCUGGCUAUGGCUGCUAGUCUCAGGCAGCUGACAGCCAUGGAGAAUGACAAACAGGGACGGCCAGCCAACCAUUCGCAGGGGUUAGUUGUGGAGGAACCAAGGAAUGGUGAGCACAGCACCAUACUGGGUCUUCUGCCACUGGAUGCAUGCCGUUAGGUUGCAAAGUGGAAUGAGUAAAAUCAUCAGCUUGUGAAUUCCAGUGCCUGAAGGAUUGCAAAUUGAUGUUGUGAAAGCAUUAGUAGCUCUAUGUCAAGCCUCUACGAAAUUAAAUAAGAUGACAUGAAGUGGAGCAAAGGACAUGAUAGAUGCAGCUUUAAGAUCUGAUGACAUGUAAUCUAUCAUACAAAUGUUGUCUACUUAGGAAAAAAUGUAUGUCCUUAAACCAUUUGCUCUCCACUCAGUGCAACCAAUUAUUUUAUUGAAAAGCUCUGUACAAAACAAAAUUCGUACGAGUUCAUGUAUUAUGUGUUAGUAUCGAAACUCUUACUCUCA